CGUCUCACUCUCUCUCUCUAGAUUCCUGUGCACUUUUUUAACCCUCACUUUUCAGUUCUCACCAACACAUCACAAAACCUACUAUUUUUCUCACUCAAAAUUCAAUCCUUCAGGAAAUUUCUAGGGAUCUUUUCAGCCCCUCUCUCUCUAAAAUCUCAGUAAUUAGGGGUUCUUCAACGAGAAAACCCAAAUUUCAGUCCCCUUUUCAUCUCUCUUCUAUCUAGGCCCAUUUUUUUUCCUUUUAGGAUUUUCUACCAUCCUUCGCUUUUGCCUAAGAUUUAAUCUAUUUUUUGGUUUUUUGGUUUUUUUUUGUUUUAAACUUUUAGGUUUAUUGCUUCCCAAUGGGACAUUUACCUGAGACUUCUCUUUUCUGGUUUUUGUGUGGGCUUUUAGCUGGUGAUGAUCAGGCCUUUCCAUCUUAGAAAUUAGGGUUUCAUGAUCUUUUCUCUCUCAACACCAGCUUUUCUGUCUCAAUUCCACUUUUCAGCCUUUCCCUUUCGAAUUAGAGAGAGAGAAUAUAAGUUUUUUAGCUUCCUCACUCUGAACAAGUGGCCUUUCCUUCUGAAAUCUAGGCCCUUUUUCACUUGAGCCUGAAGCUUUCACAUCCAUACAGGGGUUUUCUCUCUCUAAAGAUUCUCUCUCUGGUCUACAAGAAGCUGAGAAGUGAGAACCAUUUGGUGGUGUUUUGCUUCUUUUCUAAGAUUUUACAAGCAAAAGCCAUUUUCUCUCUCUAGAGAUUCUCCCUCCUGCCAAACCAGAGAAAGAAAGGGUGCUAUUUUAAAGUUAAACUAUAACAAAAACCAGAAUAAAAAACAACCGCCUCCAUUAAAAAUUAUCCUUUUAUAUACCAGAAAAAACCAAACUUUUUGACAGGGUUUUAACUCCACCAACUUUACUAAAGAUUGCAGCUUCUGAGCCAUGAAUUGCAAAGAAAGAAAUCAAUAAUGAAACCCCAUCUGCUUCUUUGCUAAAUCCAUUUACUGAAAAACCCCACUUUCAAUUUACAGAAAAAACCCACUUUCACAAGUAACGAACAGGUCAUUAUUGACUUGGGUUUUCUAGGGUUUUGUCGAGACCAACUUCAUUAAAGGUUGUAACUUUCACCACCUCAGGGAAGAACAGAAGAACAGUCUGGUGUUUGGUUGGUCUUGGAUUUCAGCAAAAGGAGCAAUGGUAGAGAGAGAAAGGGGAGUAUUUCAGCAAAAAUAGCAAUAGUAGACAGAGAAAGAGGGGGAGGAGGAGAAACAGUUGUGUGGUUAAGUGGAAUGGAAACAGAGAUUGGUUUACUUUUUGACUUUGGGUUUUCCUGUGUAGAAAAGGGAGAAGAAUAGCUCUAUUUGUCUGAGCUUUCAGCAGAUUACUUUUUGUGAUCAGAAGAAGAAGAAAUCCUAUUCUCUUUUGGGGUUUCAUCAAAAGAAGAAGAAUACCAGUGUUUUUCUUGAAUUUCAGUGGCCCCAUCUGCUGAAACAGGAAGAAUAAGAAGCAAAGAUUGAAAGAGAGAGAAGCUUUAGAUAGAGAAAACCAGUGUUUUUCUUCAAUUUCAAUAGCCCCAUCUGCUGAAACAGGAAGAAUAAGAAGCAAAGAUUAAGAGAGAGAAGCUUUAGAUAGAGAGAGCCAGUGUUUUUCUUCAAUUUCAAUAGCCCCAUCUGCUGAAACAGGAACAAUUAGAAGCAAAGGUUGAACCAAGAAGAAUAAGAAGCAAAAAGAGAAGCUUUAGAUAGAUAAAUAGAGAGAGAGAUAUCUAGGGUCCGAGCCUACAAUGUCGGUGCCAUUAGAGCAGUUUCAGCCACCCCCUCUUGCCAUGAACCAGGAUGCCUCGGCUUCUCAGUCCAGCAAUGGCUCUGUAGGCCCUGUGAUCAUUGCUCUCGCCAUUAUCGCCAUUUUAGGAGUAAUCGCAGUGAUGAUUGGUCGGCUUUGCGGAGGCGGAAGGUUCAGAGGAGAAACGUAUGAUUUCGAAGGAUGGGUCGAACGAAAGUGUGCUUCUUGUAUUGAUGGGAGGAUCCAAACUUCGAGCUCCAUUAAUGGGGGAAACACAGGUACCGCUGACAGUGGAAGUGGAGGCUCUGUUCCUCUUGCAAUACCAAUUGAGAUCCCAACUGAGACCAAACAAACAGAGCAGCCUUCUCAAAAUUCAGCUGCAACCCCUGCUUCUUAAGAGGUUGGGUUCUUUUCUUUUUUCCUUUUUCUUUGUUGUUUUUGUUUCUCUCUCUAGAUUUCUUAUUUUGGUUCUGGUUUUUGAGUUUUUGAGUCAUUUGAUCUCUCUCAUGGCGUUUUUGAUGAGUUGGUUGUUGUAAUUUGUAAUGGAAAGAGGAGUUCGGAGGAGAAGAGGAGGUUGUAAGAUAGGAUUUUUUUUUGUUGUAUGUGUUUUGGAAGCUUUUCUUGCACUUUGGCCCAUCUCUGACCUCCUCUCUCAAGCUUUAAUUCAGUAAUUUGGAGUCUUGCCAAACUAAAAUUUUUGUUGGUCAUUUGGAAAUUCUCUCUUGGAAUAGUACUCUUCCACUUAAAAAAAAA